AUGUGUGACCAAGGCAUCUCCAACACUCAAAGGCUCCCGCAAGACCUAGAUCGCGAAUCCCUGCCAAACUACGAGGAUGUACAGCAAGGUCGCCCCACGGCACCGCCGUCUCGAUAUGGCUCUUUUCCCGCAACAACGAGCCUCCAUGGCCAGUGGACCAAAUUGAAAUCGAUGAAUCUUUGCGCCGGAGAAAAUGCCAAAAAUCGCCUAUGUUUGAUCGAAAUGCAAACAGGCUAUAGCGGAAAACCUCCACUUGGCAUGAGAACGGGUAUCGUUCUCAGAUCCGGCAUGAGCAACAACGACCCUGUCCUAGCCGCCGCAGGUGACGAGUCCCAAGGCUUGCAUGCAUUCAAUCCCGACGGUAUUGUGUUCCUGCCGCCCUUGAAUCCAGAUUCAAAGAUCAGUCAGCUGGAUACAGAAGAGCUGCGCGCGGAAGCCGGCCCAAACGGCAGUGUGGCCUUUCGUUUCUCCGUCGAGACUGGGCAGGACAACUUGCGACAAGACUUUUUGUGGACGAAGGUGAAAAAAGGCGCCGAUCAAGCCAAGAGAAACGGGUUCAGGUUAACUCGGCUUGUGCGUCCAUCGCACAUGUCGCCAGCCAGCGCUGGCGGCAGCAUCGAAAAGGCGUCUUCAUCUUCACUUCCAUCAACAAGUGUUGAGGGCGAGACGGUUGCCAACCUUGGAUGGGCCUGGCCCAGUCUGACCCAUGCAUUCACUCUCGAGAUAGUGGACGGCCAGUCGAGCGUUUUAGGGGCGCGAUGGACUCUGAUGGUCACUGUCACUGCAAUCAGGCUGUACACACUGCAUGUCAAGGGAAAGACCAGCAAAUUUGUGUUUGAUAUCGGAAAGAAAAAUUAA